UGGGAGAACAGAGGUCCAGUCUGUGCAGUAUGGUAAAGAAAGAGCAAACAAAGACAGAGUAUUUGCAAGGUCCCCCAGUAAACCCUUGGCACGGAAAUUAAUGAGUGGGAUGGACUGGGAAGUAGUGAGUAGGAACUCACUGUCUGAUGAUAGGUUGGAAACACAGAGCCUACCAUCACGGUCUCCACCUGGAACCCCAAAUCAUCGAAACUCUGCCUUCACUCAAGAAGGAGCCCGGUUACGACCCUCAUCAGUUGGACAUUUAGUGGACCAUGUAGUUCACACUUCCCCAAGUGAAGUAUUUGUAAAUCACAGAUCUCCUUCUUCCACCCAGGCUAAUAGCAUCAUACUGGAAUCAUCACCAUCUCAAGAAACUCCUAUAGAUGGGCAGCCUCCUGCGUUACCACCCAAACAAUUUAAAAAGAACAGUUGGAACCAAAUUCAUCAUUCACAGUCACAGCAAGAACUGGAUAACCAUAUUAAUGAAACAUUUGAUGUUCCUUCAUCUCCUGAAAAAUCCACACCCAAUGGUGGUGUCCCCCAUGACAAUCUUGUUAUGAUCAGAAUGAAACCAGAUGAAAAUGGAAGGUUUGGCUUCAAUGUAAAGGGUGGAUACGAUCAAAAGAUGCCGGUAAUAGUGUCCAGGGUAGCUCCAGGAACACCUGCUGAUCUCUGUGUCCCUCGUUUGAAUGAAGGUGACCAGGUUGUACUGAUUAACGGCAGGGAUAUAGCAGAGCAUACCCAUGAUCAAGUUGUUAUGUUUAUUAAAGCUAGCUGUGAGAGACACUCAGGGGAACUUGUGCUCCUAGUUCGACCCAAUGCUGUCUAUGAUGUUGUGGAAGAGAAGCUGGAGAUCGAGCCUGACUUCCAGUACAUCCCUGAGAAAUCUCCACUUGAUGGUGUCCAUCAAGAUGAUAAUGCUCUGAGGGAAUCCAUGAUUCAACUAGCAGAGGGGCUUAUCACUGGAACGGUUUUGGCUCAGUUUGAUCAAUUGUAUAGGAAAAAGCCUGGAAUGACAAUGUCUUGUGCCAGAUUACCUCAAAACAUUUCCAAAAAUAGAUACAGAGAUAUUUCGCCUUAUGAUGCUACACGGGUUAUUUUAAAAAGUAAUGAAGAUUACAUCAAUGCAAAUUAUAUAAAUAUGGAAAUCCCUUCUUCCACAAUAAUAAACCAGUACAUUGCUUGUCAAGGUCCGUUACCGAACACUUGUCCUGAUUUUUGGCAGAUGACUUGGGAACAAGGCUCAUCUAUGGUUGUGAUGUUAACAACUCAAGUUGAACGGGGCAGAGUAAAAUGCCAUCAGUACUGGCCAGAGCCAUCAGGAAGCUCAUCAUAUGGGAAUUUCCAGAUCACCUGCCAUUCAGAAGAAGGAAAUCCUGCUUAUGUCUUUCGAGAAAUGACAUUGACUAAUCUGGAGAAAGAGGAAAGCCGCCAGCUAACCCAAAUCCAGUAUAUAGCAUGGCCUGAUCACGGGGUUCCUGAUGAUUCCAGCGAUUUCCUAGAUUUUGUGUGUCUUGUGCGAAAGAAGAGGGCUGGAAGAGAAGAACCUGUUGUUGUUCAUUGCAGUGCUGGGAUUGGACGAACAGGAGUUCUUAUCACUAUGGAGACAGCUAUGUGUCUCAUUGAGUGCAAUCAGCCUGUUUACCCAUUAGAUAUUGUAAGAACUAUGAGAGAUCAAAGAGCCAUGAUGAUCCAAACUCCU